AUGCAAACACGAUUCCUGCCUCUUUUUGCAACCGACAAGCCUCCCAAGUCAGAGAUGCACAUUGAAGUCCCGAUGGAACUUUCCACAUUCCUUACAGUGCUGCCCCAGAAAGCUGUGUACCCGUGGGUGCAGUUCUUUGUGAACUUCCCGUCGGCCAAGCAGUACUUCAGCCAGUUCAGGCACAUGGAGGAGCCCCUGGAGAUGGAGCGAAGCCCCCAGCUGCGGAAGCACGCCUGCCGGGUCAUGGGGGCCCUCAACACGGUUGUGGAGAACCUGCACGACCCCGACAAGGUGUCCUCCGUGCUGGCCCUGGUGGGCAAAGCCCACGCCCUCAAGCACAAGGUGGAGCCUGUGUACUUCAAGAUCAUUUCUGGGGUCAUCCUGGAAGUGGUCGCUGAAGAAUUUGCCAGCAACUUCCCGGCCGAGACGCAGAGAGCCUGGGCCAAGCUGCGUGGGCUCAUCUACAGCCAUGUGACCGCUGCCUACAAGGAAGUGGGCUGGGUGCAGCAGGUCCCCAACGCCUCCAUCCCACCGGCCACAGUGCCCUCUUCCGGGCCAUAGGACCCUCCCCCUCCUCCCCUCCCUGGCAGCACCUGGAGCAGAAGGCUGAGUUCUGAA